UCCUACACUGUUUCAAAGCUUCCAACCCAACCGAUAGAGAUCUGGGCGUACGAGGGAUCUCCUUUCUGUAAAAUAGCACGAGAGGCCCUUGUUGAAUUGGAGUUGCCACACUUGCUACACAGUUGUGCUCGUGGCAGGCCCAAGCGACAGGAAAUUUUCAAGAAAAAUGGCCUUUACCAGGGGCCUUAUAUCGAGGAUCCUAACACAGGGGUCAAGAUGUUCGAAAGCGCUGAGAUCGUAGAAUACCUAAGGGCAACAUAUUCACUCUAUCCUCAGUACCAAAUUCUCUGA